CUAACUGUUGUUGGACAUCGUUUAAUUUAAGAGGGUACCGGGGUUCUCUUCAUUUCCGCAGAGAUGGAUGAAAAGAACAAAGACGUCAUUAGGUUGGAGCGGGAAUCCGUAAUUCCGAUUUUGAAGCCUAAGCUUAUAAUGUCCUUGGCCAACCUCAUAGAACAUGGUUCUGACCGUGCUGAGUUUAUAAAGCUCUGUAAGAGAGUUGAAUACACAAUUCGAGCUUGGUAUUUUCUGCAGUUCGAGGAUCUGAUGCAAUUGUACUCCCUCUUCGACCCUGUUCAUGGCUCUAAGAAAUUGGCGCAACAGAGUAUAUCCUCAGAAGAGAUCGAUAUUCUUGAACAGAACUUCCUGACGUACCUGUUUGAGGUGAUGGAUAAGAGCAAUUUCAAGAUAACAACUGAUGAGGAGAUUGAAGUUGCACAGUCUGGGCAGUAUCUCCUAAAUCUUCCUAUCACUGUAGAUAAAUCUAAGCUUGACACCAAACUUUUGAAAAGGUUUUUUGAAGAGCAUCCUCGUGAAAACCUUCCGGAUUUUUGUGACAAGUACGUAAUCUUCCGUCGGGGCAUUGGAAUUGACCGAACAACUGAUUACUUUUUCAUGGAGAAAUUGGAUAUGCUCAUUGCACGUUUAUGGGGAUGGCUUCUCAGAGUAACCGGAGUACAACGUAUUUUGUCCAGAAAGCCAAAUGUGCAACAACAGCAACAAGAUCCAAAGAAAACUGAUGAAAUUAUCCUUGAAGGGGAGCAAGAUGACCUAAGUGUUGAACGGAUACGAAUUGAAAAUAUGCAGCUCAGCUUGCGUAACCUGCUUAGCAAAAUCACAAUUCAAGAGCCAACUUUUGACAGGAUGAUUGUUGUAUACAGGCAAGCAAGUCCAAACACCAAAACAGAUCGAGGAAUAUAUGUGAAACAUUUUAAAAACAUUCCCAUGGCUGAUAUGGAAAUAGUUCUGCCAGAGAAGAAAAAUCCAAGUUUGACACCAAUGGAUUGGGUCAAGUUCCUUGUUUCAGCUGUCGUUGGGCUGGUUGCCCUUGUUAGUUCACUUGAAAUGCCUAAAGCUGAUGUUUGGGUCAUUAUUGCCAUCCUCUCUGGACUGGUUGGCUACUGUGCAAAGAUCUACUUCACGUUUCAGCAGAACAUGGUCACAUAUCAGAACUUGAUUACACAAUCCAUGUAUGACAAACAAUUGGACAGUGGGAAGGGCACUCUUCUUCACUUGUGUGAUGAUGUGAUUCAACAAGAAGUCAAAGAGGUUAUCAUUGCUUUCUUUAUUUUGAUGGAACAGGGUAAAGCUACAAAAGAGGAUCUUGACCGACAGUGUGAAGAACUAAUUGAAGAAGAGUUUGGUGAGCGAUGCAACUUUGAAGUGGAUGAUGCUGUCCAAAAAUUGGAGAAGCUGGGCAUUGUUAGUAGGGAUACUAUUGGAAGAUAUUACUGCGUAACCUUGAAGCGUGCUAAUGAGAUCAUUGGCACCACUACGGAGGAACUUGUGCUCAAGGCAAGACAAGGAACUAUUAAUGCUGCUUAACAUUGUCUUUGGAAGGCAGGAAGAAUUGUGAUUUCCACUCAAUAGAUCAAGCGUAUCAUGUUAAUGGAUGGUUUUGUAUAGUUCCUUCGAAUCCACUUCAUUCUUUUGUUUGCAUAUCUAUUAACUUUGUGACCAGCUCUGAAUCUAAAUGCGGC